AUGGCCCAUCAAGAUCAGGUCAUCAAAUCAUGGUCCAUUCCAAUUACAGAAGAUGGAUAUCGAAAGCCAAUGCUUGAAAUGGUCGUCAUGGAUGAGUUGGGUAAUCGAAUCCAAUGUUCUGUGAAGAAUCCUCACAGGAGAUUUUUUGAAAAUGACAUCACCGAUGAAAAAUUAUAUAGCAUAUCAAAUUUCUCACUAGCGAUAAAUAAUCAAAAGUAUAAGCCCACUACCCCUGAACUUCACAUAUACUUUAGGAGGGAGACUAUACUCCGAAGAGUCGAUGAUUUGUUUUUUCUUCUUGUUCAUCACUAUGAACGCACGAAUUUCUCUCUUGGAAGCGCAAAUUUCUUCAAUUUAAGAAGUUCACAAGAGCUGGAGCAUGUGGAGCUACAUGACAAGGAAGAAGACGACGGGCCAAUUUUUUUUCUAAUUGAUGAAUGGAGAGAAUUCUUCGCAAAAGCUGAAGCAAGGAGGAAACAAGAAAUAACUAAGAGAAAGAUUGUUUCUUCAUGUGAGAAUACAUCUACUCAUGAGUUUAAUGAUUCACCACCCGUUGAUCAAAAUGAGUCCUCUCAAUCCAUAGAGCCUGAAGAUACUUUAUCUACUGAUUCAGAAGUUUCGCAUGUUCAAUUAGAUGUACAAAGAAGAAAGUCCAAUAAGUACUGGACAGUUGAAUUGGAAGAUGCAAAUCGAAUGAUUAAGGAAGGUCACUUAAGAUUGAAAGAUGUGUGGGUGCCGUCUCGUGAGACUAAAGUUAUUGUGCAUUGGAAUGAGCAUGGCCAACCGAUUGGUGAAUUUGGUAGACUUUUAGGCUUGUUUUUGGGAGCUGUUGCUGGAAAUUUCAAGAACUUUCCUAUAAGUUAUGAGAAAUGGCCUAUGGUUCCAAAAGAGCCAUACAAAAAUGGAGCCUAUAGGGAUAUAAUUCAUGUUCUUUUUUAUUUAAUUAUUUAAUAAUGAUUUAAUUAUUUUCAAUACAUGCAUUCCUAUGUUCUAGUAUUGUGUCAUCCAAGGACAAUUUCAGCUGUUAUUUAUUAAUGAAAAUAAUAUACCUAGCCAACUCACUAAAU